AAAUUGCGUAUACACAUGCAGUACGCUGUCUCUAAGUCAAGUUCAAUCAUGUCGCGCCUUGUUCGUUUUGUAAUUCUUAGUUUAAUUUCAAUAUCUCAAACUGCGGCUCUUAAGUGCAAUGGAAUGACUGAUUUAUGCGACCUGGAUAUCUCACAAGUAACAUUGGCUGGAAGUCAUAACUCAGGAGCUGGUUUUGAUGGUAUUUUGGACUACCACACACCAAUUGGUAAAGUGGAUGCACUGAGCUGUUUUUAUCGCAAUCAAAAGUUGUCAUUCAAACAGCAGUUGUCUCUUGGUGUGCGGUAUUUUGAUAUUGACUCGUGUUGGGAAGACAACUACAAACCGAACAGCGCGUGGAUAUGUCACUCGGGUGCGUAUGGUGGCUCUAUCAAGAAAAUGAUACAACAGAUUGAUGAUUGGAUGAACGAACCAGCCAAUAGGAAUGAAGUUAUAGUGAUUCAUUUUAAUCGGGAUUUCGACCGUACGGAUUCAGAUAAAACCGGCGCAGAUAUUAUUAAACAACUUAGUGACAAAUGGGAGCCUUCUAACAAACGGCUUGCUGCCGGUCAGUUAGCCAUCGAAACUUCUGUUGGAAGAAAAUUAGGUGAAUCCAUCAAAAAGAACCAACGUAUCCACAUAAUUAUGCAUACUUCGUUGAGUGGAUCGUACAGAAAACCUUGGAUUAUCUCGCAAUGGAAUGUCGGAUUUACUUGGACCAGCAUGACAUUUUUGGCAUCAUCAGGAUGUAAAAACUUAAUGAAUGCUAUGGGCGAAACACGAUGUAGGAAGGAGGCGUCACAUAAGUUUGUUCGUUAUGAUAUGUAUCUCUCCUCCGGUCUGUGUGUUGAUGAUCUUGCAUCGGUGUGCAGGAAGUACAUUAAAACUGGCGUGGAGAAGUGCUUCAAAGGUACAUACGCAAGACGAAGAACAGUUAAUUUUAUUGUUGUGGAUUAUGUGGGUAGUGAGGUGAUCAAUGCAGCUGCUCAACAUAACAAGCGAAACAUUAAAGUAUAUUUAGGCAGAAGCGUGUAAUUUAUCUUGUACUUAAAGAUUGCUGAUUACUUCUUUGC